UCAAACAGUACAAAGUCGGAAAGUGUAGUACCCUUUGAAAGAAUGGUCAGAUUUGAGUUUAUGAUGCGGUAGCAAAGAGAUCUCAACCAUUAGGCCGGAUUGCACAUCAUGAAGUGAUACGCACUGCAUUCCACCCAUCUGACAUGUAUCCAUUGCAACUUGGCCAAGUCACGCAUAUCUUGCCAUUGUUUUAUCUUUUUAUUUAUUUCUUUUGUCCAUGUUCCAUUUUCUACAAUCAAAUAGAUAGAUAGAUAGAUAGAUAAAUACAGAAAAUAGGUAGACAGAUAAAUAUAUAGAGAGAGGAGCAACAAUUUAUAGCUGAAAUUUGACUCUGAACUCGGGGUCGGACUCAAUCAAUUUUGAGUUAUUGGGUGCUUUCAAUUUUUGUGUCAAAAUAGUUGGCAGACCGGGUCGAGGUUCGGACAAAUUCAAAUUUGUUGGGCGGGGAUGAGCAGGGAGAAAUGACCAAAAUACCCUUCUAUCAAAAUGACCAAAAUGCCCUUAAAUAUUCGGAACGCAUGCCACAUGUUUGGUACCAUUUCCCGUGCCGAUAUGUUAUCUCUUACCACUAUGAUAUCCACGUUAGUGAGAGAGGGAAAUGUCAGUGAGGCCAGAAGAGUGUUUGAUCAAAUGCCUCAAAGAGAUGUGGUCUCAUGGAAUGCUAUGCUGACGGGCUAUGCGCAACUAGGCCAUGCCCAUGAAGCCAUAUCCUUGUUCACACACAUGAGAGCCUGGGGCCCGAAAGGAGACGGCUUCUCUUUCACCGCUAUUAUAAGCGCAUGUGCCGACUUGGGUAGCUUGAACUACGGUAAAAAGCUUCAUGGUCUAGUAGUCUCUUUCGGGUUCCAGUCGAGCUUGCCAGUGUGCAAUUCUCUCAUAUACAUGUAUGGAAAAUGCCAUGAGCCUUCAAGCUCUUUCGAUGUAUUUAAUGGCAUGGGGGUCCGCAAUGAGCUUUCAUGGUGCUCUGUGCUUUGUUCAUAUGUGAAAUCUUCGUUGCUUCAAAUUGCGCAUAAAAUUUUUGUUGACAUGCCAAAUAGAGGAACAUUUGCUUGGAAUGUCAUGAUUUCGGGCUAUGCUCGAGUAGGAGAAUUUAACACAUGCUUAAGGUUGUUCAAAGAGAUGGAAAUGGUUGGUGGCUCACCCGAUUUUGUCACUAUUGUGAGCCUGGUGAGUGGCUGUGUAGAUACACUUACCGGUCAUGCCAUCCAUGCUCAUGCAAUUAAGAGUGGUUUAGACUUGGAAGUUGAAGUACGCAACUCGAUCUUGAGCUUUUAUGCAAAAUUGGGUUCGCUAGAUGAGGCUAUGAACCUCUUCUCGCUGAUCAAUGUCCGGACCCAGGUCUCAUGGAAUGCAAUCAUAACUGCUCAUAUGAGGCACGCAUCUGUACAAGAAGCUCUUGCCUUGUUUGAGUGUGCUCCCACUCGAAACACCAUAUCAUGGACCAUAAUGAUCGCAGGGUGUGCUAGGAAUGAGCAUAGUGGUCAAGCGUUGAGCCUCUUUGUUCGCAUGCAUGAUAGCGGCAUCCAACUGGACCAUUUCACCCUCGGAGCCGCACUCCAUGCAUGCUCCAAUUUGGCGCUCCUUAGGAAAGGUAAGCUCAUACAUGGGUGCGUAAUCCAUUUAGGCUUUCACUCCUACACCUACACGGGCAAUGCACUGCUGAACAUGUAUGCAAAAUGUGGUGACAUAAAAGGGUCUCACAAGGUGUUUGAAGCCAUUUUUUGCAAGGAUGAGGUCUCUUGGAAUGCCAUGAUAUUUGGUUUUGGACAUCAUGGGUUGGCUCAAGAGGCCUUUAUGGUGUUUGGGGAGAUGUUAAGGGGAGGGUGGAAGCCGGACAAAGUGACAUUCAUCGGCUUAUUGACUGCAUGCAGCCACACAGGAUUGGUCGAGCAAGGAAAGAAGUACUAUGAGCUGAUGAGUGCCAAUUUUGGCAUUGAACCUCAGCAAGAGCACGCAGCUUGCAUGAUAGACAUGCUAGGGAGACAUGGGAGUAUAGAGGAGGCAAAAGCCUUUGCUCAACCAAGGAUGGAGAGAGAAGCAUAUAACACAUGUGAAGCCUUGCUAGGAGCUUGUGCAAAGCAUGUGGAUAUUGGACUAGGUGAGAGAGUCGCAAAGGAGUUGAUAAGCAUAGAACCAGGAUAUGACAUGGGGUAUGUAUUACUAGCCAAUAUGUAUUGUGAGAGUGGGAAUUGGGAGGGGGGAGAGAAGUUGAGGCAUGUAAUGAGAGAGAGGGGGUUGAGGAAGGUGCCUGGGUGUAGUUGGAUUGAGGUGAAGGCCCAAGUUGAAGUAUUUAUGGCAGGGGAUUUUUCACAUCCUCAAAUUGAGGAGAUUUACAGGACUGUGGACUUGCUAGUGAUUCAAAUGAGGAAUGCAAGGAUCUGGGCCUCUCAUGUUUCACAGGAGCAUUUAUAACCCUCUCCCACAGGAGCAUAAUGUGCAGUUACUUUCUUGGAUUAAAGAGGUACUCAGAAAUAUAUUUUUCGACCUGAAAGUUUGUGAUCCACUUUAGAAUCACCAGAU